AUGGACUGGCACUCCUUCAGAAUAGCUGCGGUGCUGCUCAUUUUCCUGGUGGUGCUUGAAGUUAACAGUGAAUUUCAUAUCCAGGUAAGAGACCAUAACGCCAAAAAUGGUACCAUCAGUUGGCACACCAUCAGAAGGCAGAAACGUGAGUGGAUUAAGUUUGCUGCAGCUUGUCGGGAAGGUGAAGACAACUCAAAAAGAAACCCUAUUGCCAAAAUUCAUUCUGACUGUGCCGCAAACCAGCAAGUGACGUACCGCAUCUCUGGAGUAGGAAUUGACCAGCCACCUUAUGGAAUCUUCGUUAUUAAUCAAAAAACUGGUGAAAUUAAUAUAACAUCCAUCGUUGAUCGGGAAGUCACCCCCUUUUUUAUUAUCUACUGCCGAGCAUUGAAUGCACAAGGUCAAGAUUUGGAGAACCCACUGGAGCUUAGAGUCAGGGUUAUGGAUAUAAAUGACAACCCUCCUGUGUUUUCCAUGACUACAUUUACAGGACAAAUAGAAGAAAAUUCUAAUGCAAACACACUGGUCAUGAAACUCGAUGCUACCGAUGCAGAUGAGCCAAAUAACUUAAACUCAAAGAUAGCUUUCAAAAUCAUAAAACAGGAACCUUCAGAAUCACCAAUGUUUAUCAUCAACAGAGGCACUGGAGAAAUCCGAACAAUGAAUAAUUUUCUAGACAGAGAGCAAUAUAGCCAGUAUUCUCUUGUGGUGAGAGGUUCAGACCGUGAUGGUGGGGCAGAUGGCAUGUCUGCAGAAUGUGAAUGCAACAUCAGAAUCCUGGACGUCAAUGACAACAUCCCAUACUUGGAGCAGUCAUCUUAUGCCAUCAGUAUUGAAGAAAACGCGCUGCACUCACAGCUAGUGCAGAUGAGAGUCAUUGACUUGGAUCAUGUGCUCUCAGACAACUGGAAGGCAGUGCUUUUUUUUAUCUCUGGAAAUGAUGGAAACUGGUUUGAAAUAGAAAUGAAUGAAAGAACAAAUGUAGGAAUUCUAAAGGUUGUCAAGCCCCUAGACUAUGAAGCCAUGCAGAAUCUGCAACUUAGUAUUGGUGUGCGAAAUGUAGCUGAAUUCCACCAGUCCAUUAUUUCUCAGUAUAGAAUCACAGCAACUAUGAUCACUGUGAAUGUGUUGAAUGUAAUCGAGGGCUCAGUGUUCCGGCCAGGUUCAAAGACCUUUGUAGUGAACAGUCAAAUGGGAGCAAAUUACAAAGUGGGAGACUUUACAGCUACCGACCUGGACACUGGCCUGAUUUCAACAAAUGUUAGAUAUGUAAUGGGAAAUAACCCGGCUGACCUGCUGGAUGUUGACUCAAGAACAGGCAUAAUAACUUUAAGAAACAGAGUUACUAUGGAACAAUACCAAAUGCUUAAUAAGAGAUAUGAAGGAACAAUACUAUCCAUAGAUGAUAAUCUUCAAAGGACCUGCACUGGAACAGUCAUCAUCGAUCUUGAUGGCUCUGGCUGGGUGACAAGCACAGAUACAAACACAAGUGGUGGUGGUGGAAGUACAGGAGGUGGUGGCAGUGCAGGAAGUGGCACAAGUGAAAAUACUUCCACUGAGGAAACUCAAGUCACCACAGGAUCUUGGGAAAAUGGCAACAAUGGCUACGAUGGUAAUGAUGGCGAUGGUAGUGACCGGCAAAGAGGAGGAGACAAUGUUCACUUGGGUCCUGCAGGCAUCGGGCUGCUUGUUAUGGGGUUCUUAAUCCUAGGAUUGGUCCCAUUCUUGUUGCUCUGCUGUGACUGUGGAGGUGCCCCUGGUGGGGGAGCUGGCUUUGAGCCUGUUCCAGAAUGUUCUGAUGGAGCAAUUCACACAUGGGCAGUAGAAGGCCCACAACCCGAACCCCAUGAUGGUAUAGCCACCAUCUGUGUGCCACAAAUGCCACCUGGUAAUGCCAACAUUAUAGAAUGUAUUGACAACUCAGGAGUUUAUACAAAUGAGUAUUGUGGCAGAGAAAUGCAAGAUCUGGGAGGAGGAGAAAGAACUACAGGGUUUGAACUAAUGGAUGGAGUUAAAGCAUCAGCUGGACCUGAGAUAUGCCAAGAAUAUUCAGGAACAUUAAGAAGAAAUUCAAUGAGAGAAUGUAGAGAUGGAGGUCUCAAUAUGAAUUUCAUGGAAAAUUACUUCUGCCAGAAAGCUUAUGCUUAUGCGGAUGAAGAUGAAGGACGCCCAUCCAAUGACUGUUUGCUCAUCUAUGAUAUUGAAGGUGUAGGCUCCCCUGCAGGUUCCGUGGGCUGUUGCAGCUUCAUUGGAGAAGAUUUAGAUGAAAGCUUCCUGGAUACCUUGGGGCCCAAGUUUAAGAAGUUGGCAGACAUUAGCCUGGGAAAAGAAAUAGACUCAUAUCCAGAUCCCGAACCUUCUUGGCCUCCUCAGAUUAUAGUGACAGAAAGGGUAAUAGCCCCGGGCUCAAGUCUGCCCACCACUCUGACCAUUCCUAAUCCUAGAGAGCCUUCGAAUGUGGUUGUGACAGAAAGAGUGAUCCAACCAACUUCCAGCAUGAUGGGCAACCUGAGCAUGCCCCCUGAGUUAUCAAAUGCCCACAAUGUGAUUGUGACAGAGAGGGUGGUUUCUGGGGCUCUUGCAAGUGGAAUUAGUGGCGCCACUGGGAUAGGUGGAGUUGGAGGAGUAGGUGGCAGCAGCCUGGUUAGCACCACUAUGGAUGAUGAACAAGCCCACCGUGAUGCAGCAGAAACUCUGCUCCAUGCUGCUUCCUGUGGUGUCUACCCAUACUUUCCUAAGAUCUCCUCCCAGCAAAAGCCACAGUCUUGGUUUUGCCUCAGCAAAAAUUUCAGGAUGAGCCAGUGUGGAGCAGAGCUGGAGUUCAGUAGAAGACUUUCAACAGGUUUCACAUUGGGAGUUAAAAGGAGAAGGGGUGCUCCAAAACAAAAGGAAGAGAAGUCCAAGAGUGUGGGGAGCUCUCAAAGCAUAGUCGUGAUUCAGGAGUGUAUAGCUAUUUCUCAAGAAAGAGUAGGAGUCCAGUGCCUGGUGUUGGUGGCUUCUAAGGUCACAUCUCAAAGGGCAUCAUGGGACACUUUGGUUUUUGGGAAAAUGAGAAAACAUUUGGAAAUUUUAGGGUAUUUCCUGACCAGCAUUAGAUGUUAUUUCAGUUUGAGACCUAAAACUCUAGGUCCCAAGGGGUACCAGAGAAUUGCCUUAGUAAAAAUGGUUUAG